AUGGGGCUCUGGUCCAGGAUAGCCCCAACCUCUGCCAGCUCUCUCCUGCUCUUGUUUCUUGUGAAACAGUAUUUUCACUCCCAGGCCAAAGGUUCUCUGCUGGAAAAAACCACUACUGGAUGGACCAAAUACAAACAGGAGUGCUUGAAAAUGCUGCAGGAAUCAUCUGUGGGUAGUGGAGUCCAUUGCAAUGGGACAUUUGAUCAGUUUGUUUGCUGGCCUUACUCACCCCCAGGAAAUGUCUCUGUUCCUUGUCCUUCAUAUUUGCCCUGGCUGGAAAAUGGAAGUGUAGGACAUGUAUACAGAGUCUGCUUGGAUGAAGGGAUUUGGCAAACAAAGGAAAAUUCCACAGACAUUUGGCGGGAUAGUUCAGAAUGUUCUGAGAAAAAUCAUUUCCAAAAAAAUGAGGAAGAACACAAACUGCUCACCACCUUGCAGCUGUUGUACACAGUAGGAUAUUGCUUUUCUCUCAUCUCACUGGUAUUAGCUCUGCUUAUACUCUCUUCACUCAGAAAACUUCACUGCACAAGAAACUACAUCCAUAUGAAUUUGUUUGCAUCCUUCAUCCUGCGUGCUGCAGCAGUUCUUAUUAAAGACUCUGUGUACUACAAUAUUUACUCCAAAAGACCAAAUGAUGAGAGUGGGUGGAUUUUAUACCUCACUCCAGAGAUUGUGAUUGUUUGCAGGACUGCCCAGCUGUUCAUGCAUUACUUUGUCGGGGCCAAUUACUUCUGGCUGCUGGUGGAAGGCAUUUACCUGCACACGCUGCUGAUCACCGUGGUGCUCUCGGAGAGGAGGCUGCUGCACACCUACCUGGUGAUAGGCUGGGUGGUUCCAAUCCUGUUUGUGGGCCCAUGGGGAAUAAGCAGGUCCAAGCUGGAGAACACUGGGUGCUGGGGAACAAAUGAACACAUGGGGAUCUGGUGGAUCAUCCGAGGACCAAUGCUGUUUUCCAUUGCAGUUAACUUUGGCAUCUUCUUAAAAAUUCUCAGAAUGCUGAUUUCCAAACUGAAGGCUCAGCAAAUGACCUUCCAUGACUACAAAUACAGACUGGCAAGAUCUACUCUUGUGCUGAUUCCAUUGCUGGGGAUCCACGAAUUUGUGUUUACCUUCAUCACUGAUGAACAGGUGGAAGGACUUUCAAGACAUAUAAGACUUUUCAUUCAGCUGACUAUGAGCUCAUUUCAUGGUUUUUUGGUAGCAGUUCUCUAUUGCUUUGCUAAUGGAGAGGUGAAAGCAGAGCUGCAGAAGCAGUGGGCACGUUUCCUGCUGGCAGAUCCCUUCGGCUGCAAGCUCUGCUUUCUAGGGGAAAACAUCAAAUACCUCAGGAAAUGUUCCCAGAAAAGGAAGAAGCAGCACCUCAGCAGCAGGCAGCACUUCGGCCUGGAGGUGAGCAAGCCCUGGGAGCUGCAGCUGCAGAAGGUGCUGGGGAGGCCCAGCCCAGGGGCCAGGACAGGCCCUCCCCAGAUGAGCAUGUCUGACAGCAGCGAGGGCGAGGUCACCACGGCAGAGACCACCGAGGAAGUCUUUGAGGAAAGUGAAAUUUAGGGAGCUGUGCCCUGGGGCAGCACCUGCCAGCAGCAGGGCCCAGGGAAAGGAAACGUCCAUCUCUCAGCUGUUCAGAGCUCUGGGAUCAGCAGGGACAGGGUGGAGCAGCUGAUGUCGCAGCUGUUCAGUUUCCUUGGGCCCAGAACAAUGUCAUUUAUCUGGAGGUGCUAAGCUGGGUGCCUGGGGAGAAGAGGUCUUCUGGAUGGAGCAGUUGUGCUUUGAGCUGGCGUUUCUGCAGCACACACAAGGAAGAAGGAUGAACUCUGGAAAGCAGCAGGCUCUGGAGACACGUUCUGUCACCUUCAGCCAUCUGUGACUGGCUCUGAGCCACGGCAGGAGAAGUCAGCUUUUCCUUCUCAUGGGAGUGGUUCUUAAACAGAGGGAUGUGUGUGGAAGGCUCCUUCCUUCACAGACUGAAAUCAUUCCCCAUCUCAAGAAAACCACCCCAGCUCCAGAACAAACCAGACCAAACACACACACACACACACAUAUAAAAAAUAUAAAUAUAUAUCUAACCCAAAAACCAAACUUGGGAAGAACCAAGCUUUUGCUUGCAUUUUUGAGCAUCUUCCUAAAGUUUACUGCUGGAAAUGUCUUUCUGAGAUGAAAAGCCAAAAUACCUCAGUGGAAUGUGCCCAAAUGAAAUGUUCUUAUACAAUUUUUGUUACUUUUUUUCUUUUUUUGACACAAGCCACUGUGACUUCUGGUUUGCCUUACACGUGUCCUUAAUGACAAAACAAUGGUAAGUGCUGCCUCCACCUUCCUCCCAGGGGACCCAAAAUGGAUGAAGACAUGGGAUUGUGACAGCACCAAAAGAGCAUUGUGAAAUCAUUCCUCCUCCAUUUAACUGGAGCCAUGGUGAAGUUUUAUUUCUCACAUCUAGACCUGUGACAUGCAAUCAAGUUUGUAAAUGAUUCCACUUAUAUAACUUACCAGUGCUUUUCUGAUUAUUUAUCAGGCUGCAAAGGUUUAGCCAUGCAACCUGUGGCAUUUAUACUCUUUUAUUGCAAAGAACAGAUAAAUUCAUUGACUAGCACUAGUUCAAGAACCUCUUUCUGGCACUUUAAAAAAGCAUUUCUUUUACAGUUCAAUCCGUGUUAGCCUAUUUAAUCAAUACCAAGUUGUAUAUUUCAGUGAUAUAUUAAUAAACUGUAAAUGUUUGAUCUCUUUUAAAAUAAUUUAAAAACUGCAGAUGAAGUUGGUUUUUUUUACUAGAAUGUGAAUUCUGCUUGUAUAGAAUUUUACUGCAGUGGAUUUUUUCAGCAGGCACUGUUAACAGCAGGCACCACACAUGCACACUUUGUGUCUUCCUCAAUUUCAAACAGACUGAUUUCCUCUAGAGCCAUUGUUUAACACAUUAAAGAGAUUUAGCAUGUGUUUUACUUAGGUGUUAAAGACAUUGAAAUGCUAAGAUUUUAUGCCAUCUCAGUGAAAGUUUACUUUUUAAUUGCAUUUUAAGGAUUUUCAUGUGGUCAGGAAACCAGUUUUCUGUGUUUUGAACAGCAGUCCCUCUAGCUGCAUUUUCUCCUCUCUGUUAUGGGUUUGGGCUUUUUGCCUCUUUCAGUUUAUAAAAAUCAACCCUUGUUAUAUAAGCAAGCCCUAUUGGCCUGAGGUCUAAUCCAGACAAAAACAACCAUCACAUGGAUUCCUUCAGAAAGUGCCUUUCUAAGUAGAUAACAGCAAGAAUACAGAAUUAUUUAUUUUACAGAAGUAAAACAAGCUCCUAAUUUCUAAAUAUUUCUAGAAGACAGCAGCGAACUUCACAAUUCACAUAUGUCAGAGUCAGGAAGAGCUGAGUGUCCUCCUGGGAAUCUGAAGGUCAGGAAUCCUCCUGGGAUUUUCCUUCCACCCUUUGUGGAGCCCUUGGAGGGACAGGGAAAGCCUGGUGAGCUGCUAAAACCACCUGCAGCAGCCAGGGAUGCUGCAAGUGCACAGGAACACUGGGCAGGAAUCACUGGCACUGCUGGAAAUGAAGGGAUGGGAAUAUUUUCAAGUUAAGAACAAUUUAUUGUUUAAAUAAACA